AUGACAACUCUCUCCAAUGCGAUCUUUAUUCAAGAAAGCGAAGAACCUCCAACCCCUGAGCCAGGUUCCUCACAACUUCGGAUUGGCGCCCGCCCUGAUUAUAGCCACCAGGGAUUCGAGACUAUGGUUAAUUCAUUGGUCGACGAUAAGACGGAUGAAGGCCCGUCUCGAAAACGGAAGGGAGUGAGCCGCCAUAUACAACAACUAGAGGAUCGGGGCCGAUCAUUCCGAUAUAAGCUUAUGAUAGAGCCAGCCAGAUCAGUAGAUGAUAAUAUCUUGUGGGCACAUGUUCUGCAAACUAAAUAUGGAUACAGAACUUGA